UCCCUGCAGAAAACAAACAUGGACGACGCUUCUCAAAUCUCAAAAAUGAAGGUCGCUGACCUGAAGAAGGAGUUGAAGGCGAGAGGUUUACCUGUGACAGGCAACAAAAAUGAGCUGGUGGAGAGGCUACAAGAAGCUCUAGAAGCUGAUGGAAAUGUUCCUCUGGGCACAGUAGAUGGCGAGGACGAAGAGUUUGAUGAAGAGGAGAUCCUCGGAGGUGAUGAUAUGGAUGCUGUAGACAUAGGGAAGCUGACCCCCCAGGAGGAAGCAGCAGCUUUGGGGGUCAACAUCAGUGUCCGAGAUGAACUGAAUACAACUGAUCUCAACCAGGUGUCCACAAUGCUUGAACAGCCAGAAAAGAAGAAAAUCAGCCUGAAGAGAUCUGAGCCUCCAGUGCCCACAGCCCCAACCACCCCCCCUCCCACAGAGGCCUCCAAGGAAAAUACUUCGCCCGAAAGCCAGAGUGAGGGUCAAGAGGAUGGCGUGCCUUCCAAGAAGCUCAUCAGACUGAGCUCCACUGAGAACAAGACUCAAAUUGAGGCAAGAGCUGAAAGAUUUGGCAUUCCGUUGAACGAAGAAGCCAGAAAGCAGGCUCGGGCAGAACGCUUUGCUGGUAACAGUACCACAACAGCUGUCAACAAGAAACCUGCCAAGCUGUCUAUGGAAACAGGGGGGACAGACAUUGAGAAGUUGAAAGCACGUGCCAAGCGAUUUGGAGAAGUCACUUCCAAGUCACUCACAAAGGUAACCUGUAAUGUUUCGGAAUUGGAAAAAAUGAAGCAAAGGCAAGAGAGAUUUGGUGCUGGAGGAACUGAAACAAAGACAGCUGGGACAGAAAAAAAAGCCAUAACCAGCCCAGAUGAUGCUAAGGCUGCAAGAGCAGCAAGAUUUUCCUCAUCAACUUCCUCAGAAGAUGAAAUGAAGAAGAAGCGCGCAGAGAGAUUUGGCAUACAGUGAUGACACCCAUGUGACGGUCCACUCAGAUGAGUUUCAUUGUUCACAUAUUGGGCUCAAAACCAACAAAUGAAAACAUUCUGAUUGCAUCAAGCCAAAGAAGGGGAUUCAUAUCUGUUGCAUAAUAGAUCAUGAUCAGAUAUCAAAUAUGUCUCUGAAAAGUUGUAGCCAUCAGUGAAGCCACAGAACAGCUUACUGCAAAUGUUUAUUGAAAGAAGAUUAUGGGAAAAAAUGCAGCUGAUAACAUUAGUGAAUUGUUUAAGAAAAAUAUAAGACAUCACAAGAAAAGCCCCAUGCCAGUUGAAGGGAAAACAAAGCAUAUAAAGUAAAUUAGUGGGACGGAAGAUGUUCACUUCGAUAGAGGCCUUUUGUGUCCACAUUAAAGAGCAAGAUUGUCAAUGAGUUGGAAUGCUCAAGUACAUAGUUUAGAAUGUUUCUAGAACAUUGCAGUAAUCUUGAGUACCACUGGCUUAACUUCAGUACAAAAAAGUACUUUCUAAAGAGAAAUUUUUAAUGUUAACUGUUAGCACGAUUUGCUUGCAAGGAGUGUAGGUGGUCAAAAUUAGUCGUGUGUAAUUUUUUUUCUUUCUUUUCCCCAACUGUACGGCACACUUCUUUUGUUAUGAGUAUUUUAUAAUUUUAUAGAUAUUAAAUGUAGUAAGGACACACUUUGGAGAUAUCAUUAAUGUUUAGGAAGAUGCAAUUUUUAUUGUCUUGCAGGUAUUAAAAAUCCAGAUAGAUAGAAUGAUGGAGAUGCAUUAUUUAAAUGUAAAUUGCAUAAGUAAUAAACUUUUAUAACAUUUUCUGGUCUUUUGAUAUUCUGCUUUUUCCCAUUUUCUCUAAUGACAUUUUCUUGUAAUUAUCUUGUUUUGUAGUAAUUUUAAGAGUAUUAUUUUAUUAAAAGCAUUUAUUUAUCAGUACUGUUUUACUAGCUUAUCUUCAGUGACUUUUGGUUUAUGCUGUAAAUUCUGUCUUUUGUUAUAUAGCAGUUUAUCAGAUAUAUUUUUUUUCCAGUUUUUCUUUUUUCCUCUCUUUGGAUAGCCAUGAAUCACAAGCAUAAUUUUCUGUCUGUUAGCAGUAGAGGAUGAAAUGGGUGCAGGGUAGCAUUUCUCUUUGAUUUUUUUCCCCAUUAUUGCAUAAUUUUAUUUAUAAUUGUAGUCAUUACUUUCAUUUCAUUUUUGUUGCUUACAAUUUUUGUUUUGUUAGGUUUCUGUAUAUUUUCUUGUCAUAGGUCACUAUAGCCCAAUAACCAAUGAUUGAUUGAUCAGAUUUUAGUAAUAUAUGCCUCAGUAGGGCUGUUGUAUACAAAUAUAGUACCUGAUGAUCUCAUUUUUAAGAACUGAAAUCAUAAUAAGUUGCUUUUGUGGCCGAAGUAACGACAAUUUGUACGUGUGGUUGCUUUCACAUCCAUUUUUUUUUUUGAUAAUGCUAACUGUCUGUGUUUCUUGAAGACAUUUAUUUGUAAUGCUGAUUCAUCCUUGUCAUAUACAGUUUGCCCAAAAAGAAAGUAAUUUUGGUGUUAAAUGGAUUUAGCACAUGGAAAGGAUUGAUUUAAGUUAUUUGUUUUGGUAAAUGGUAAUUGAAUUGGUCAUCAUAAGGAUGCAAAACGAUUUAAAAGUUAAAAUGUGUUUGUGCAUUGCAUGAGGAAAUUGUUGUGCAAGUAAUUACAGAAAGAAAUUAGGAUUGAUAAUUUUUUUUUAGUUGUCUAUAUAUUUAUUUUGUAAUUUUUGUUUAUUAUUCUAUUUGCUGCUUUUCUUUGUUUUUUCAGUUUAGAAUAUAUUUUCUAAACAAAAACAAGACAAAAUAAAUAACAAGACACUAUCAUCACAUGUUUAUAACUUUUUUUCUUUUUUUAUAUAGCUUUUGUAAACUCUGUAUAUGUAGAGGUUGUUUUUAUAUGUGUAAAUUUUUAUAGUAAAAUUAAGCACAUUCAUACCUUUACUUUUUGAGGUAAAAUACUAGAAAUAUCACAGGGAUACUAACCACACAUUUUCUGUACCAUUUGUGAUUAUGUACCUUUACCACUGCAUUGAAAGCAUUUCUUUUUUAAUAAUAAUUACAUGAAUA